UGCCCUGCUGUCGUAAUGCGUCCCUGACGAGACUCACGUUUCCCCACUGUGACCUCGGAUUGUCGUUGAGCAGAUGCACGCCUCCUAGCAUUAGCUUUGAUGAAAGCCUGUGGGAAGUCGUCAGAAACACACUAAACGGACCGUCGGCUUCUUCGUGUUUUCUAGCGACUCCUCCGCCGAGCACGCAGCUGAUCGAGCCGACAGAGAGGAGCGGGUUAGCAGGAGACAUGGCCGCAAUUGAGGAGCUUUCCCCCGCUGCGGGCCCGGUGUCCACCCGGCCCCCCGAGAACGAGAUUGACGACGACGAGGAUGAAGAUCUGGAUGAAACACUGAUGGAGAGGUUGUGGGGCCUGACAGAGAUGUUCCCUGACACACUUCGCACUGCUGCUGAAGUGUCUGCACAAUGCUCUGUCUCAAUGGCCAAGAAGUUUUACAGUUUUUCCCGCUCGGCGCUCUGGGUCGGUACUACCUCCUUCAUGAUCUUGGUGCUGCCGGUUGUGUUUGAGACGGAGAGACUACAGCUGGAGCAGCAGCAGCUACAACAGCAGAGACAGAUUCUGUUGGGGCCCAACACUGGAAUGUCUGGUGGGAUGCCGGGCAUGAUGCCUCCUGCACCUGGCAAGAUGUGAAACACAGAAAGUGGCCAACAUGAACCUGAGAUCUGCUGCUAGGCGAUACAGCGCGGCCGGUCGCAAGGAGAGACAGAGAGACCAUGGAGAAGGGCAAAGAACUGCAGUUAAAAGAAAAGAAAAGCAAAAGCUGGAUGUCAACAGCAUGAAAGGCCCACUCCAACAUAUGGAUCGGCCGAUGGGAUUGGAGGAGGAUGUGAUGCGUUUCUAACACUUCUCUCUCACUGUCUCUCCUUACUCCAACAUCAUGCAGAGACUUAUUUCCAGGAGCACUGCUUCUAUUUUCUUUCUCAUUUUUUUAAAAUAAAUACUUCUAUCAACAUGAAUAAUUUGUUCUUUAGGGGAUAGUAGGUAUAAGUGGAUAAAUUUAAAGCAAAAAGGUUACCAAAUUGUAUGUCAUGGUGUUUGCAGUCAGAAGAACAUGGCUAUACCUACAGUAUGUUAGCAGUUUUGUUAAUCAUUGUCAUGAGCUUGCUGGCUCCACUUUCACAGAAGGAUUAUGUGACUAAAACAUCUAACAGACAGGUCUGAUGCAUUGUGAACCACACUGUAAACGCUAUUAAUUGAUAUGUGGUCGACAGGAGUGCCUCUUGAAGUUCGACAAGCUAAAUUACACUCUUUUCUAUGUGGCCUAUUCCUAUCUGUACAUUUGUCACAUGUCACCUUUCAAAGUAAGAGUAUCUACAGUGUUGAUGUCAGGGUGCAAUGUCUCUCACUUCAGUUACCGGUUUGAUUACAUUGCUCUAGUUUUAAGCAAUAGAUUGUAUAAUGCAACAACACCAGAUUCCAUGCUGUUAAGUUAUUCAGAGAUUGUUGGGUAUGUAAAGAGUGAAAUGAUAUUAUCAUUGAAGAUAAUUUAAUUUCCCGUGCCAUAAGGUUUUGGACAAAUUUUAUGGUGAUCGACGGAAAUGUUCUGCUAAAUGUCUCAUAUCGUCCUGACAUGUCCGGUCUGUAUUAUGUUAUUUUCUAUUCUCUUUUGCCAUCCAUGUGAAUUUACAAUCUCUUUCUUCUUUUCAGUAAGCAAACCAUGUCUCUGUUUUCUGUUCAACAUGACUGCGGUAAUUAAAACACCAAAUCAAA